AUGAAAAUCAAAAAAGAGCCAGGAACAUUUCUAACAUGUGAGUUGUGUCCUGGAAGUAAAUUCAUAAGUAUGAGUACGCUUCGGAAGCAUCAGAAAAGGCACAUCAUGGAGAAAACAUGGAUAUGUGAUGAGUGUAUUCCAGGAGAAGAGAGAAGGUUUUUUGAGAAAAAUGAGAUUUUGAGUGCAACAUGCACGAAGACGAUGAAAUAA